AUGGCGACCUUGCUGUUGACACCCUUUCUCGUCAGUUCAAGUGGUGAAGGCUCAAGAAGUCUUUUGGCCGACUGCAGUCUCCAUGUGCUACUUAUUCUCACUCAUUAUCAUAAAUGUGUUGUGGGCAACGAGCCAAUAACAGAUAAAAGUAAUGACACCACUACUUCAAAUUCGCUUUUGAAAGGGAGUAGAUAUUUUUCUGACAACCCUUACUCCAAGGCCUUGGAACAUGCAAUGGAUGUUGAAUUUGAUCGUGUAGAUACUGAGGGUAAUGCACAGUGGUCCAGUUUUGAGGUUACCUUUUGCUUCUCUGUUCGAUACCCUUGGAAUGUACUUGACUGAUGAGGCUGCUGCACUUUUGCUUUCUCU